AUGGAUCCGGAUGAACAAUCGUUGCUGGGUGAUACCCCGACGUCGAAGCCCAAAUCUCGCUCGGAUCACUUGAUGAAGCGCGUGUCGAGAGCAUGUUUGCAUUGUAGACAGCGCAAGUCAAAAUGCGAUUUGGACAGUAGUGGCAGUCCAGGGGUACCACCCUGCCAGCGGUGUAUCCGAGAUGGUCGUGAAUGUGUCCUGGGUAGCUCGAAUCGAGGUGGCCGUCGCAUUCGCAAAAACAAAAUGAAAAACUUUACUCCAAACACCAGCCUGGCCACUCCGAGAGAUUCAACGCUGGAAUCAACCAGUCCGGCUAAUUCUGACAACCGACAGAGUGCAAAGAACUCCUAUCCUGGUCCGGUUGUUUUUGCGCCUCCCAACCCCCCAAGGACAGCUUCAGUAUCGGUGGAAGAGGAAGAUGCAGCAUCUAUUGGCUCUGUACCGCGGAACCCGUCCGAUGCGUGGCAGUGUCUAACUGGAAUCGCCAAAGGAGGCGCGGACGAUCCCAGCCCCGAGAUGGUCGCUGACCCUCUGCGAACCGGCACCACUGGAUUCCCUUCAUAUAAUGUUCUUCAAAACAGUGCUGGAUCUGAAUUCCAGCCAACCAGUGGUAUCAAAGCAUACAGACUGGUGCAAACACGCUCUUUAGAUCCAGGAACAGUGUGGCAGCUUGUGGCUCGCUAUGCGGAGAACUUCCACCCGUAUCUCCCCUUGGUGCCUCGGAAAUAUUUUGAACGCAGCGCCUUGGAUGCAUUUGCUACCAACGAGAAACAUCUGCUGACUGCGGUACUGACGAUUGCAUCGAAGGACCUGGUUGAACGACCCGAAAUUCACGAGUACUGCUCCAAGUACAUGCACGAGCUGAUCUCCGGGAUCGCUGCUGGGAUAGAUUGUGAUGUGGAGGCUGUGGAGGCUCUCCUUCUCCUUGCCGAGUGGGAACCACAGGGCCUUCGACCUCGUAUCGAGCGCGUGGGUCGGGGAGAAGAAGACCGAGCUGCCUGGAUGCACAUCGGCCUUGCCUUACGGUCAGGUUACUUCCUUGGAUUGGACCGGACAUCAUUUCGAGGCGAUUCGGGAGAUACCGAGACGGAGGCACGUCGAAGGCUGGCUUGGACGAGCUGCUAUAUCUCCGACCGACUCAUUUCUCCCAUCAAAGAUGGGGAUGAAGACUAUGCCCGAAUCUUCCAAGCGACUUUGGACCUUACUCAGCUCUAUGGAAACGUUCACGAUGUACUAUACUCAGGAAUGCGGACCAGCAAUCAGAUGAUGCUCAUGGGAGAUUAUGUGAAAUACGUGGAUGAUUUCCGUUUAGCUAUACUGCGAUGGAAGUCUCUCUGGGGCUCACUACCUUGUUCUACGCCAAUGCAAGUAACUUUGCAAUUGUCAUACGAAUAUCUGCGACUCUACACCAACGCAUUCGCAUUUCAGGCAGCAAUAUCUCAGUCAUUAGUAUCUAAGACAAAGAAUGAUGACCAGUCGCAAAGGGAGCAUUUGCGGGCAACGUUCAACAAUGUGGCAUCCAUGCAGGACGCCCGAUUUAUUUACGAAUCUGUAGAUGCUGCCAAAGCAUACCUGACCAUUCUUGUGGACAUGGUCCAUCCUGAAAAGCAUCUACAUUUUAUGCCUCUGAGAUUCUACCUGUACGGCAUCUAUGCCGCUGUUUUCUUAUACAAGGCUCGUUCAUUUGGUGUCAUGCCGCAUUCAGAGGAACUGAACGUACGGAAUAUGGUCACCCGAACGACCGAAAUCCUAAAGAGAGCUAGUGCUGGGCCCGACGAUAUCGGAUCGCGCUACUCUCGGCUUCUGGAGCUACUGUGGCAGUCUAAAUCAGCACCGACAUCGUCACCGGCGGGAACACACCAGGGCAGCGAUCUCCGAAUGCAGAGCAACCCUCUUCAGCAUCGCAUGCAGGAACAGACCAACUAUGUGCACUUUAGCCCUGCUAAUGACUUCUCUUGGCUAGAUCUGGAGGCGGUUGGGGAUUAUGUUUCCGGCGACCAAAUCUCUAGCACCAACACCCUCGCGUUUGAUACCCUACAAAACCCUGAUCUGUACCAGGAUCGUUCGCAACCAUGGCAGAUUCCUACAUGGUCUGGGGAUAUGAGCAGCAAUCUUCUGUUCUAA